AAAAUAAGUGAAUUUGCAAACUAUUUGACUUAAACUGUGAUGAUAACCGAUAAACUUCCUUUCAGCUUCUGCCUGCCAUUUGUUGUCGGCCACAUCCUCUCCUGAGUUAUAACCGAAACUAACUGUUUCUGAAUCUGAUAUGCACAGUUUUCGAGGACGGCUAAAACCUAAUAAGCCUUGUCAAAGGGUCGGGUGAUUUGUAUAAUGAAUGCGCAGUGUCGUUGAGAGGCAGUUGCGCUCGGAUGGACACUGCAUAACAUCCGUUUCACACUCAACCAGCAAAUCGCGCCCCUCGGAGAAUAUACUGUCAACUCCGAUGGUUGCGGAAAUUGUGAGAUACAUAAUGUCUUUCAAUGGGAUGGGUCUGGCCAAUGAUGACAUGUCUUUGUUGAGAACUACAUGUCCAUCCAUUGAUGACUUCCGCAACCAAGUAUAUUCCACUGCCUACUCCAUCAUCACCGUUUUUGGCCUGGUGGGGAACGGUUUCGCCCUGCUCGUCCUUCUGAGGACGUUCCAGCAGCGCUCUCCCUUUUACGUCUACAUGCUGAACUUGGUCGUGUCGGACCUCCUUUGUGUGAGCAUGCUGCCGCUGCGAGUCGACUACUACUUCAACGAAGGUCAGUGGAAUCAGGGUGACUUCCUAUGCCGCGUCAGCUCCUAUUCUCUCUACGUCAACCUCUACUGCAGCAUCUUCUUCAUGACGGGCAUAAGCUUCACGCGCUUCCUUGCCAUCGUCUUCCCUGUGCGGAGCCUCGAUCUGGCAAUCGAGCGUAAGGCGGGCACUGUCUGCAUCUGUAUUUGGGUGUUCAUCUGCGCCUGCUGCUCACCAUUCCUGAUUCAGGGCGAGUAUGUGGAUGAGGAAACCAACAAGACGAAGUGUUACGAGCCGCCCGAGUACAGUGACAAGCUGCUCCUCAAAUUGGGUCUCAACUACUUCUCCCUGGUGGUGGGUUUCAUAAUACCCUUCCUGAUGAUCAUGCUGUUCUAUGUGGCCAUGAUGAGGGUGCUUCUAUAUCGCAUCAACCCCUCACGGGGGAAACAGCGUGCCACGCUCAUGAAGGCCAUCCGCAUGAUAAUCAUCGUCAUGGUCACGUUCCUGGUCUGCUUCAUGCCGUACCACAUCCAACGCACGGUGCACCUGCACUUCAUGAGCCCCAACGACACCACCUGCGAAGAGGUCAUCACCAUGCAGAAGUCCGUGGUCGUCACCCUCUGCCUGGCCGCCUCCAACACUUGCUUCGACCCGCUGCUCUACUUCUUCUCCGGGGAGAACUUUCGCGUCCGUCUCUCCACUUUCCGCAGUGCCGCACCGAGUGUCCUGCGGAAGUGCCACUCAGAGCAGCCAGCUACUCCAUCCAACAACAUCCAGCUGCUGAAGCAGGGUGACCAGCAGGCCUGCAAUGGGCCCAGCAAGGUCACAUAAAAGGCCAUUGGAAGAUUGAAGGAGAGCAGGUGUACACUUUGACCACCGAAGGAUGAUGCUGUUACGAUUAAACUGAGUAGGAUGAAUGUUCAAUUUAGCAUGCGACAUAUAGACAUUAUUGUGUGGUUAAGUACAUAAAGCCUCUUUUACUCUUUUUAUUAUUAUUUAAAAAUUAUUCAAGCUAUUUAUAUUUAAGUUGACUUUUAAAUUAAGUCAACAAUAUAAAUUCAAUAAAGUUCACUAUAGGCUACAUAAAAUCAUGGAACAUUUUGCGAACAUAAACAUUUCUCACAUCUGCACAAUGGACAGUAGUAGAUACCAGUACAUUGAACUGCCAUCAGCCAGAAAGACAUACAACACAGUUGAGGAACAAAGCCUAAACUGUGUGACAUCUGCAGGUGUGCUAAUUAAUGCUACUUGACUGAGUAAUCAGUUUCUCAUUGAGAGCUCAGGGUCAAGGAUUCUUCCGUUUUUUUCAAUGGAUUUCUCCUCAAUAGUUACCCUACCAUCCAACAUUUAACUGCCUCUACCCACAAGCACAUGCUAAAGUUCACUACAAAAACACAACCCAUGUCUAACAUUGCAUCAGUAUUUUACUGCAAACCAAUACUGUAAAAUGUACACCUUUUGUUUUGAUUGACUAUGAGUGUUACAAAGCACAACCUAAUAACACAUUUCCCAAAUUACAUUGGUAUUAAGUUGUGUUAAUUCAUUAUUUCAAGUUAGUUGGACUGUUCGGGCUUACAGUUUAUGCUGCAUUGCUUGGCAACAAGAGAUGCCAAGAUUGUAACUUUUUGUGGGCUAAUUGAUUAGUUUGUAGUAGAACUGUAGUUUAAAAGCAACAUGACACCCUUGAUCAUGGGGAUCAUGACCUCAACACGAUCCCACCAUUCCACUCAUGCAAACUGCCUCAACACCCCCAGGACCAAAUUCAAAACAACGGGUGAUAGAGCCUUCUUCUCCGCUGGCCCUCGUCUGUGGAAUGCCAUCCCAGACACUUUAAGGACUCCACAGUCUAUGAACAGUUUUAAACAUGGUCUUAAAACAUUUAUUUUUAGCAGAGUUUAUGAUUUU